AUGGCUUCAUCCGCCGACGAGGUCAUCCCGUCGCACGGGCAAUGGCCUGUCGACCCUCAGGAGGACACCCCGAUAUCUAAGGAUCGCAUUUGGGUGGACGGAUGCUUUGACUUUAGCCAUCAUGGUCACGCUGGCGCAAUGCUCCAAGCCCGUCGACUCGGAAAGGAGCUGUUUGUUGGUAUUCAUUCCGAUGAAGCGAUCCUUGAAAACAAAGGGCCUACAGUCAUGACUCUCAAAGAACGAGUGGCAGCUGUCGAGGCAUGUCGAUGGGUUACGAAGGCCGUUCCUCACGCACCCUACGUCACAUCGCUUCCCUGGGUCUCGCACUACGGAUGUUUCUAUGUGGUCCAUGGAGAUGAUAUAACCUCAGAUAGCAAUGGUGAAGAUUGCUAUCGUUUUGUCAAGGCCGCUGGCCGUUUUCUUGUGGUGAAGAGGACGCCUGGUAUUUCUACUACAGAUCUGGUCGGGCGGAUGCUUCUCUGCACACGAGGCCACUUCAUCAAGUCCUUCCAGGGUGCGCUCUCAGGCGAAGAAGGACCUGGCAGCCCGGAAGAGAGGAAGGCAUAUGCGGAUGAUCUCCUGCAGAGGAUUCGAGAAUACGCCACCGACCAGACCGGAUUACAGCCAGGACCGGAAGUUUGGACAUGGACUGGAUCGGAUUCGGCCAAGCUCAAUCACACCAAUGAAGAGCCCGGAGUAUUCGACAAACUCGUCGCUGGGAAGCCGCCAAGACCUGGUCAGCGGGUCGUCUAUGUAGACGGAGGAUUCGAUCUUUUCUCAUCCGGCCACAUUGAAUUCCUACGGCAAGUUGUGGCACUAGAGGAGGCUGAAGGUCGGCAGCGGGGCUGGUACGAGCCUCAGCAGAGGGAACAGAGAUUGAAAGAGCACGGUGAAGACUACGAACCCGCAUACGUUAUCGCCGGUAUACAUGAUGAUGCCGUGAUCAAUCACUGGAAGGGGCUGAACUAUCCGAUCAUGAACAUUUUUGAGCGAGGCCUUUGCGUUCUUCAGUGCAAGUACAUCCAUGCGGUCGUAUUCUCGGCCCCUUUCACCCCCAGUAAAUCCUACUUACAGGCGAUGCCGACGGGAGUGCCCAGCGCCGUUUAUCAUGGGCCAACUACGUUCAUUCCCCUUACAUAUGACCCAUACACAGCCCCGAAGCAGAUGGGUAUCUUCAAGGAAAUAGAGAGGCACGACUUCCAGGACGUAAAUGCUGGUCAAAUAGUCCAGAGAAUCCUGAAAAGCAGAGAAGCAUUCGAGGAGAGGCAGCGAGCCAAGCUGCAAAAAGCUAUCGUGGAAGAAGCAGUCAAACAAAAGGAGGCUCAGGCCUAG